GCAUAGUGAUAAAGUGGUUAGCAUGUUAUGUUUUGUAUCUAAUGAAUUUACAGUUGCAUGAAUUUGACUAUUUUGCGCUACACUGCUUUUCAAAAUAUGUGAUCAGCUUACUGUUAUCAGUAUUAUAUUAAACAAGGACAAGGUGUUUUUCCAUUUGUUUUAGCAAUAUUUAACAUGGGAUAUUAGCGAUAAUACAGUGUUAAAGUUUUUCCAUUGUAACAAAUCUACCUAACCUCAUAUUUUUUUAUUGUGACUUUCCAGCAAAUUAAGAGUUGAUGGCAGUACUUAUUGCAAAUAUCUCUGUUUAGUUGUGGGUGGGUGAAACAUAAAGACACAUACAGUAUUUCAGAACAUUUUUUUCUGCUUUGCAAAUAAUUUAAAUGUUACCACACAGAGCAUGUUUUGUAUAUUAUAAAUGAAUACACACAUCUAGUGUUGAAUUAAACAGACAUUACGGCAAACACGAAGUCAUGGUUUACAGGAUAUCCCGUUGUGUUUUAUGGCGGGGCCGUGUUUAAUUAUUUACUGCACGGUAUUCAAGUCACAGGUGAGUCUAUUAACAACAACCUGAGCAGCCUCCUGCGCUUGUUCAGUCCAAGAUGUUCAACUCCGUGGCCUGGAUGAGUUAAGACCUGGAUGCUCUCCCAGGGUUUCAUUGACAGUUACACUAGUUUGGAUAUUAACAUGUCUGCAAUGAACAGUGAGGAGCUACAUCGGUCAACCUUGGGGAUUUACUCAAGCUUGAUGUAUGAGUUCAACCCCGGCUUGCAAAAACUUGUGUCACUAGGACACAGCUACAUCCGAGCUUUCCAAGCUCUGGCUGUAAGAAGUGAGGCUUACUUCACUGCACUUUCACAGAUCGGUGAGCAGGCCUGCCACUCCAUGUCCUCGCAUUCCAUAGGAGAUGUUCUGAUUGAGAUUGCUGAGAGCCAAAAGAAACUCACCAUGGAGCUCGAGGGAGUAUUCCAAUGGUUCACUGAAGACAUUCUUCAGGAGAUGGACAAUAAUGUUAGACUGGACAAAGAUUACAUAUCAGGCAGCAGAAAAGAAUAUGAGAUGAGUGUCCACAAUCAGGCAGCAACUAUGGACAGACAGCUAAGGCGUGGUGCUGCACAGGAUGGUGCUGAGAAUUUGCUGUUCCUCCGGGAAAGGCAUAGCGAGGCUCUAAAGGAGCAAGAGAGAAGAUAUCGCUUCCUGGCUGAGAAACACUGUGGCCUCAUCCAGUCCAUGUCCCGCCUCAUGAAUAAGAAUGGAGGUUCUCUCCAGCAGAAGACUGACUCCUGGAGAGAGGAGGUAAAUGCCACCAGAAGAUCGGAUGCCAUACGGCCACCUGGCCUGGAUAUCAAUGCACGGAUAAAACAUGAGAACUGGAAGAAGAGAGAAGAGCAGCCUCUCGGCAAAAUACCAUCAAGAGCCCCGUCCCCCCAGGGAAGCAUAUACCGCUCUACGGCUGAAUCAGUGGGGGGUGCAGGAAGGUCCUUGAGGGCCCGGGCGGCCCAUCAGCCUGUUGGCUCCAAUCCAACACUGCUGCACUUUGCCAGGGGAGAGAUGAUCACUGUGCUGGUCCAGCAGCCAAAAAACGGCUGGCUGUAUGGCCGUGCAGCUGGCAACAAUUCACGUCAGGGAUGGUUCCCGGCCUCCUAUGUAGAAGAAGUGGAUGACCUUCCUAUGCAAGAUGACUUGGGUUUCGCUAUCUGGGGAAGAAGCAACAGCAUUGUGAGUAGCCGCUUGGACACACCAGGAACAAACACGCCACCUCCGCCACCUCUGGUAUCGCAGUCCUCACAAAACUACUCUCAGAUGCAAACGGGCACAGCUGACAGGGGGACAGAGUCUCAUCCAGAAAAAAAGCGAUCCCAGGCACACAGCUCAAAACCAGAACUCUUCCCGAGGGGCACAAACCCAUUUGCAACAGUUAAGUUGAAACCUACAUCCACCAAUGACAGGUCAGCGCCUCGUCUUUUUCGCUAAUGUCAUUUUAUUUACAAAAUAAUGAAUUAUGUUUGAUGAUUCUCCAUUCUUGAUGUUGUUUCUUUUGCACCUGUUGAUGUUGUUUCUUUUGCACCUGUUUCUUUUUGCCAUAUUGUUCAAUCUACAAUCUGUUGAGAUUUUUAUGUUGGCAUUCUAGUUUUCUGGUGAGCAAAAAUGGUCUUGAUUAGUCAUUAUCCAAGUUCCUUUCAUGGGAUGCUUAAAUAGUACUAGAAUUCUGUCUCCGGCACUGUACUUAAAUGUUUUAAUUAUUAAGUAAUAAUGGAUAAAUAUGAACCAAUCCUGCGGAUCAAAACUACAUCACCGCUGUCCUAGCAACAAGUUUAGAUAUACAGGAAGUCCUCGAUUUACGAACGAGUUCCGUUCCUACGCUGGCGACGUAACCCGAAUUUCCGCGUAAGUCGCAUUUCACCGUUAAAGUCGAAAUUUGCGUCGAAAUACUUCUGUUACAGGUAUUGUCCCACAUGAUUGUGACAGCAAGCUCAGCGUGUGCGGGUGUGUGCUUCAAUGUGUGAGUGAGACGGGACUGUGAAGGACGAAGGAGUGCACGCAGGUGCGAGUGUGUACAGUGGCAAGUGUAGUGACGGCGACCGGGAAAGAGUAGCGAUUACUGGAGGACCCGUUGACGUUGAAUGUGCAGAAGAGCUAAUAAAGCCAUUAAGGCAGCAAAUCGGUACUUUGUGCCUUUAUUGUUGCCACCACCCAGCUCAGCUGUGCAACGAGAGAAGGGAGUUAACCCCGAGGAGGACAACCUCGGCCCUGGAGAAGGCCCUGGAGAAGGCAUCUCCCCUGCGUCUCCCGACUGCCUCAGGUGACCGUAGCAGGAAAGGUUAACACUUCGUAUUAAGUAACUCAAAUACAUUAAAAUAAAAAAAUAAGAUGCUAUACUUACCAUUACUGCUGAGAGUAUGAAAAAAGGAGGGCAAAAAAGGCAAAGAUACUCCUGGCACACAAACACAGACAAGCACUAUGCACUAGCUAAGCAGAAACACUAUGGUGCUGGGGACAAAAUGGCGGACGAGCCACGGGCGUCGUAAAGUCGAAACGUCAUAGGUCGAGUACGUAGUAACUCGAGGACUUCCUGUACGUCUUGGGGGAGUACAGUAUUUAACAGUUACACACAACACUUGCAAUCACUUUUCCCAAUCUUACAAAUUUCUGGGUUUUUGUUUUGUUUGUAGUGAGCAUUUGUCGUUGAAAUGGAAGGCCUUCAAAUAUAAGUUUUUACAAAUUCAGUCUCUUUGCUUGAUGUCAAGUAGCUUUCAGUUUUUUUGUUUUUUUUGUUUUCUUUAAUGUGUUCAAUACCAUUGCACUAUGGCUCUGCUUUGGGUUUCUUCACCAGUCUGUAUAUGUUCUCAACCAAUUAGUAAUUGGACAAAUAAAACUGUGCGAAAAGUUAAUGAAAGUUGUGAGACAUCUGUUGCCAUCUUAAAUAUCUCCACAGAUGGGAAUUUAAAAGUGGAGCGUAAUAAUUACAUCAUUUUUGUACAAUGGAAUAUAUUAACAACUGUGGCUUAGUCAUUAUGAGAAUGAAGUGUUACUAUUUCCCAAUAAAUGGUGCUCAUUGAAGAGCCAUUUAAACAUU